UUUGUUAGUAACUUUACUCCUUUCGCUCGAGAUUUUCGUUGCUAAGCUAAGUAGCUUAAUACUAGACCCAAAAGCUUCUAGGAGAUUUGUUCUCUCUGCUACAUUGGACGACUCUGCUUUCUCUGGCCCUCUCUUCCUCCUAAACCCUGGUCUUGGAAGAGAGAUUUGUUGUAAAAUUGGGAAUUUAAGCCGUUUGAGGCCUUAAAACUCCUCGACACACAUUAGCUCUCAAAUUUCCGAGAUUCGAGUUUUGCCAUUUAGUCAUGACGACUUGUAUGCCGACGAGUUUGAUGCCUUCUAGUGCUCGAAACCCAACUGGGGUAUUAACUGUGCUGGGAGGGAGAGUAUUAAUGGAGAAUCAAUUUGGCAGAGCUUGCUGUCUGAAAAUGUCUGAGGAGAAGAAUUGGCUUUUGGGUGGUCGUCAAAAGUUGACUUUCCCUCGGUUCAGGUGUUCCACCAACUCUCAGAGUGUUAGUCCAUAUCACAAUAGAGACCCUUUUCUGAAUCUACACCCUGAAGUUUCAUUGCUUAGAGGGGACGGGAACACUGCUGUGAACAAUCCAAGAAAGGAUAGUUCUGGUGGAACUGUCAAAGAGAGUUUAGAGGACACGUCUAGUUCGAAUAAUUACAAUGAAGCUAAGAUCAAAGUUAUUGGUGUUGGAGGUGGUGGAUCAAAUGCAGUUAACCGCAUGAUAGAGAGUGCAAUGAAGGGUGUGGAGUUCUGGAUUGUCAACACGGAUAUUCAAGCCAUGAAAAUGUCACCUGUAUUUCCUGAGAAUCGUUUGCAAAUUGGUCAGGAGCUUACUAGGGGUCUUGGUGCUGGUGGGAACCCAGAGAUUGGCAUGAAUGCUGCAAAAGAAAGCAAAGAAUCAAUAGAAGAGGCCCUUUAUGGAGCAGACAUGGUCUUUGUUACAGCUGGAAUGGGAGGAGGAACUGGCACUGGUGGGGCUCCUGUAAUUGCUGGGGUUGCAAAGUCAAUGGGUAUAUUGACUGUUGGCAUUGUCACAACCCCUUUCUCUUUUGAGGGACGAAGGAGGGCAGUUCAAGCACAGGAAGGAAUUGCAGCUUUAAGAGACAAUGUUGACACGCUGAUAGUCAUUCCAAAUGACAAGUUAUUGACUGCAGUUUCCCCAUCUACCCCAGUAACAGAAGCAUUUAACCUCGCUGAUGAUAUUCUUCGUCAAGGUGUUCGUGGUAUCUCUGACAUAAUUACGGUACCGGGACUAGUAAAUGUGGAUUUUGCCGAUGUGCGAGCUAUAAUGGCAAAUGCAGGUUCUUCAUUGAUGGGAAUAGGAACUGCAACUGGGAAGACCAGGGCAAGAGAUGCUGCAUUAAAUGCCAUACAAUCACCUUUACUAGAUAUUGGUAUAGAGAGGGCCACUGGAAUUGUGUGGAAUAUAACUGGUGGAAAUGAUUUGACCUUAUUUGAGGUAAAUGCCGCUGCAGAGGUCAUAUACGACCUUGUGGACCCAACUGCCAAUUUAAUCUUUGGAGCAGUGAUAGAUCCAUCGAUCAGUGGUCAAGUCAGUAUAACUUUAAUUGCUACUGGAUUCAAACGCCAAGAAGAAAGUGAAGGGAGGCACCUCCAGGCCAGUCAGUUAGCACAAGGAGACAGCAACCUUGGAAUUAAUCGGCGACCUCCCUCUUUCACUGAUGGCAGUUCCGUGGAAAUUCCAGACUUCUUAAAGAAGAAAGGACGCUCACGCUUUCCCAGAGUUUAGGAUUUCCCAUAAAAUACUCCAUUUCUUCCCUUCCGCAUCCCUUCUUAGGUAUUCAAAGUACACCUUUAUAGGUUCUAUGUACACUCCGUGCUCUUUGAUAGUGAUUAAUAGGGUUUCCCGUAAGGAAGCUUCGAGAGAUUAGCUUGUCUGAUUAAUAUAUAGCUAAGAGUAAGUUCUGGGUUUGUUUUGUGCUCAAGUAAGUUGAUAAAUUUCAGAUUAAAAAAAUGGGUUGUACAGAGUUACCGGCUUGAAAGAAGUUUAAAUCGGUGUGCAAGCAAUAAUUGUUGAAUGAAUGUUUUUGGUGUUA